AUGUCUGGACUCUUCUUAACAAAUCUGCGAGAGACUCAAGACUUUGGUCUCUUCGUAUUCAAGCAACACUGGNNGAAGCAGCAUAAACAAUUCUGUGAACAGCAACAACGUCUGAAGGGCAUCUCUACCCACAAACAACCUCCCAACUACAACAAUGAUCACGAAGACGAAGGAGGUGACUUCGACGACAAGGAAGACUUUGANAAGGAUUGCUCAAUAUCCUACCAAACCACUUACCUUCCUGCGCACCGAGCCAUUCGCCGACUUGAUCUCCCUAUCGAUGGCUCACCGGUCGCCAACGUGGACACAAGCCUGGUCGCGUACGAUGAAGAAACCGACAAGAAAGACCUCACUGCUGCCCAAGCAAUUGCCACUAUUCUCAGGAAAUGGCAUCCGAAUGCUCUGCGGGCUUUCCUCGACUACCAGAAAUACCCGGCCUUUGAGUUUGCCACAACCCACGACCUUAAAGAUGGGAAACAUCUCACCCACAUGAUCACUCGUCAUGACCGGGCCAUUCUUUUCGGUUACUAUGACCAAGAUUUUGACUGGCGGCACCAAUGCAGCUACAGGAUGCUUGAGAAUGGCCGCUGGGAGCCCCUUUGGGGAUCUGCAGAAUUUCUGGGCGGCAGCUCCAAACCAGAGUCUGUUCAGAAGAUGGGCAGCAUGUAG